AUGUCCAUCGAAAAUCUCAAGACGAUCGACUCCUUCGCUGACGCCGAUGCCGCCGGAGAUCCAGGACCAGACCAAGGUUCAGGGGAGAUAAAUUCGCCGUUGAACGCGAACGGAUCUUCCUCUCCGACUGCGAAUCUCAAAUCAACAAAGUCCGCAAAGGCUGCUCCUGGCGGAACUCAAAUUGAGAACUUGAAAGUCUUUGGUGAGGAAACCUCCCCCGUCUUCAUGACAGAUUCUCGUCGACAGUCGAAGAUUAAUCGGACCUUUGACUUGGAUCCCUUCGCCGAAGCUGACGAAGAACCUGGAGACCAAAAGGCCGCAGAAUAUAUUCAUAUUCGUAUUCAACAGCGUAAUGGUCGUAAGACUUUGACCACUGUCCAAGGACUUCCAAAGAAAUUUGACCAGAAGAAGAUUCUUAAGGUUAUCAAGAAGAAAUUCGCUUGCAAUGGCACCAUUGUCAACGAUAUUAUCAUGGGAGACGUGAUCCAGCUUCAAGGAGACCAGCGCAAAGAUGUGCAAGAAUUCCUCACUGGUAAAGACGGCUUAGAGCUCGAGGUCAAGACCAUCAAGGUCCAUGGUUUCUAA